AUGUUUGUUAGACAUGGAUUCACUUAUGGUUUCGCUUUGAUAUUCUUGAAUUUCUGGAUAAGCACGGAAGAAAGCGUUAAGUUGCAAGACGGUAAAGCGAAGCAUCUUAAGCACUCGAAAGAUCUUAAAAAGACUUUUGGCUUCAUAACACAAAGCAAGUCACAAGAAUAUGAUAAUGAAGCUAUUGUGCGACUCAUAAAACAACAUGCUGCCAGUCAAACAGAUUUUAAGCUCAUCAUAAACUUUCUUUUUGUUAUGUUAACCGACCUUAGACCAGAAUAA